AUGACGAGUCUGCUAGCGACGCCCAUUGUACGGCCGCCGAUUGUGUCCGUAGCGGUCCCUUUGGCGAAUGGCACAGCAUCUGAGAGUGUAUUUGCCGACGCACUGCUGCGCAGCGCACAUCUCACGCGCGCUGACAUUGCAGGCCUGGUCAAAAGUUUUUCCAUCACCGCCGUCUCGGAACUGGGCGACAAGACGUUUCUCAUCAGCGCGAUUCUCGCGACGCGACACUCGCUCAUGCUUGUCUUUUGGGGAAGCUGGCUGGCUAUGAUUUGCAUGUCGACACUAUCGAGUCUUAUGGGCGCGAUUCUUCCCGCACUGCUCUCUCACCAGCACGCCCUCUUCCUGUCUGGCAUGCUCUUUUUGGGCUUCGGGGGGCUCAUGCUGUGGCAGGGCAUGCACAUGUCCGGCGACGAAAUCAGCGAGGAAUGGAAAGAGGCACAGGAAGAGAUCCGGGUCGACGAGGAGGAGCACGAGCUCGAUGCACUCGAGGCAGGGAUGCCCGACGAAGCGCGCUCCACGCUGCAGCGCGCGAGUACGGCACUACACAGUGCGCCGCGCACGUCCAUGAUCACGUUCCUGCGCCAAGGCAUCCGGAAUCUAUUUGAUUUGUGUGUAAGUCCUGUAUUCAGCCAGGCAUUUCUCCUCUCGUUCUUGGGCGAGUGGGGCGAUAAGAGCCAAAUCACCACCAUGGCGCUCGCCACGACGCAUCGCGUCACCGUCGUCGCCAUCGGCACCAGUCUCGCACACCUGCUGUGCAUUGUCAUUGCCGUCACGAUCGCGGCAAGCACAUGA